AUCACUCCCUCAAUAGUACGACCAUGGCAGUACCUAGUUUUUUGAAGGUUGAUCCCGCAAUUGAAAGAUGGAACCGCAUGCGUGAAGAUGCGUAUAAGCACUUCAGAUUUACUCCACGGACAACGUGGGUCACGAUGUGUGGGUUCGUACUCGUGCCAGGAGCGAUAUAUUACCUGGCAAGCAAAACACACUUGAAAUGGAAGUGGGCAGGCAAGAGAAAAGGGGAGGCAUUGACACAGGCGUGAUUUUCGAUCAUAUAUCGCACUCCCUGCAUAGUGCCUACUAUGACUUAGAUAUAUCCCAUCCACUGUCUCUAUUUCUAUUGAGACCAGCGUGUUUCAGAAUCUCUUACAUAAUUCUAUGGCCACCUUGCAACCACCACUGAUAACUGCACUAAGCAGUGCAUGCGCAGGAGCUCGCUGAGAGUAAUGCUCAACAGCAGUGUCCAAGUGUUCCAACUCGUCAUCUCUAAAUUCUUUGAUAACGUCCCUCAGAAGUGGGAUGCUUGGAUGGGAUGAUGGCAACAGCUCAAAGUCUUUCAGUUGG